GUGAACGGUUGUGUAUUGAGUGAGGCGAUAGGGGGCGCGCGCUCCCCCCGGCUGACACGUCACAAGGUGCCUGCCUGUGUCCAAAAACAUCAGUGAACCACCUCCGAUUCUACUACAAGGGUCACGGAGUGCUGGAGCCUUUCCUAGUUGACUUGGGGCGAAAGCCGGACUACACUGGUCGCCAGACAGUCGCGGGGCGCAUAUAGACACGGACAACAACUCACAUUCACACCGUCACUGAGUGUGAACUGAACCCACGCUGCAUGCACCGAAGUCGGGCGAAUGCACCACUACACCACCAGUGACUAGUUAAAUGGUGGACACUGGCCUGAUGGGGUUGAAACAGGGGACGAAGUGAUUGACAACACAGAGGUGCAGGCGAGUGGAAUGUUGCGUUGGUCGGUCCACCUUGAAGGAGGGCCACGGAGAGUCAAUCAUGCCGCUGUGGCCGUGGGGCAUAAGGUGUACACCUUUGGGGGCUACUGCUCUGGGGAGGACUACGAGACACUACGUCAGAUUGACGUGCAUGUUUUCAACACUGUGUCCCUGCGCUGGAUGAAUUUGCCUCCAGUGAGGCCCGUGGGACAUGAACGUGCUCGUGAAGUGCCAUACAUGCGCUAUGGUCACACAGCAGUGCUCCUGGAUGAGACCAUCUACUUGUGGGGGGGACGCAAUGACACAGAGGGGGCCUGCAAUGUGCUUUAUGCAUUUGAUAUCAAUACCCACAGAUGGUUCACACCCAGAACCUCUGGGACAGUUCCAGGGGCAAGAGAUGGCCACUCUGCCUGCGUUCUGUUGAAGGCGAUGUAUAUAUUUGGAGGAUACGAGCAGCUGGCCGACUGCUUCUCCAAUGACAUCCACAAGCUGGACACCACUACCAUGCACUGGUCUUUAAUUGAUACCGUGGGCAUUCCAGCAAGCUGGCGGGACUUCCACUCAGCAACCAUCAUCGGGACAAAAAUGUUUGUAUUUGGAGGGCGAGGAGACCACUUUGGUCCAUUCCACUCCAACAAUGAGAUCUACUGCAACAAGAUAGAAGUGUUUGAUACGCAGACCAAUAGGUGGCUGAGCACACCCCCGACACAGCUGUUACCUGAUGGACGCAGAAGUCACUCAGCCUUUUGCUACAAAGGGGAGCUGUACAUAUUUGGGGGAUACAAUGCCGAUUUGGACCAGCACUUCAAUGAUCUCUGGAAAUUCAGUCCAGAAGCCUUUUUAUGGACAAAAGUAAAGCCCAAGGGAAAAGGCCCAUGUCCACGGAGACGACAAUGCUGCUGCAUGGUUGGAGAUCGAAUCAUCCUCUUUGGAGGAACCAGUCCCUGUCCUGAGCAAGGAAUGGGUGAUGAAUUUGACCUCAUGGAUCAUUCAGACCUCUACAUCUUAGAUUUCAGUCCUAAUUUGAAGACAUUAUGCAAAAUAGCUGUAAUUCAGUACAGUCUGGAGCAGUCAGGGCUCCCACAUGAUAUCAGGUGGGAACUGUCUGCCAUGACCACCAACAGCAACAUCAGCAGGCCGAUCGUCUCCCCCCAUGGCUGACGUAUAGCUGAAUGUGAAGCAGAAGCAGAUUAUUAUUUUUUUCUGCCAGAUCUAGUUGCGCGUGGAGGGACUGUUAUGUCAAAUACAGAUCUGCGCUGGAUUUAAUUUCCCUACUUAUCCAAAAUGUCCUGAAAGGGACUUGUUUGGACUCAGUGGAUUUUCUCGCUCAGGAUGUUUCACAAAAGGAGACGAAAAAUGGGUGAGACCUGCUCACCUUCUCUCUUCUUUUUUGUCUCUAAAAAUUCAAUCAGCCUAUGAUAAUCAUAGACUUCGAAGCAUAGGAGGAACGAGGAAAUUUAAAAAAACAAAAGCUAAUGUUGAUGUCAUCAAGCACAACCAAGCUUCUGUGAGAGACAAAUCUGAACACAGUCUCAAAAUAAAAAGACUUAAAUGAUCAUGACAAUGUACAUUUAUGUAUACACAUACCAUGUCCAUUUGCAACUAAUGGGGUAAUAGGCUAACUUAUUUUUUUGUGUUCAGGGACGUUGAUUAUUGUGCAUUGUACUGGUUAAAAAAAAGACAUGUUUAACUUUUGCUCCGCUCACCACCACCCGGCGAGCACUCAACUGCCACCCGCUGUCCCAUAGUGAUUCAACGCUCAUUUUAGUAGGCAGUUGUGAUUCCAUAGCUUGUCUCACUCAUUGUCUCGAAUAACGCCUUCCCAUGUCAGUACAUAUAAUUCUGUGGCUGUGCUGUUACUUAAUUGCUGAAUUACCACAACCACGACCACCUCCACCAGUGUGAUUUUCUGUGCCAAAUGUAGGACUGAAUCAUAAUACAAUUUCAUAGUGUGCCAUCCUCACACACUCCACACUUUUAAUGAACAUGCAUCACAAAGUUCUUGCUCUUUUGGACAAUCCAAGUGGUGUCAGACGCUUUCCCAAUGAGCGCGUGCACGUGCUUCUGUAGUUUGUACCGCUACAGGUGACAUAAUACAAUUGCUUAAGGGCUGCCUUAAAAUCUUACUCUCUAAAACAAAUGUUCUCCAUCCACAUUCAAUUGUAUUGCAUUCCCAUGAUAGUUUUAGCAAGUCUCUAGGAAUCACUGAACAGCUGCUUUUGUUUGCAUUUUUCAAAAAUGUUUUGCUGUCAAAGUCUCGGGCCUAUUUGUUCUCAAAAUAUACAGUCCAAACAUCUUUGGCCACCACUUGUUUUAUUUUAUAAUGAACCUUUUUCACAACAUUCAUUUUGACAUUGUAAAUCAGUAAAUUAUAGGACGGAUACAUUUAGCAUUGUUACGGAAAUACUACAAAACCCCUUUCCCCUACAAAAAAAAUAUAAAGGGAUAGUGCUUUUGGUGUUUUUUGUUGUUGUUGUUGUUUACUAUUGUACCGUUGGAUCCACCCAACCCCCAGAAUUAUAAUGGCAUCUCCUGUCAGUUUGACAUACUCUAUGAACCAGGACGUAGUCUGCGAGCUAACAAACUAUGGACAAAUCCAAAUACAAAGCUCUUUUCAUGCGUGAUUAGAUAUGCCGUUGCCAAAAGACUUGUGCACAGUGUACUGUAUUUAUAAGGAAGGGAUCGUUGCCCCACUGUCAUUUUUGUUUAAGCUAAUUCAGACUAGACUUAAAAUAAUAUAUUGAGGACGCUUUUCAGUAGUCAAGUUCGUAUUUACAGCCUCAGCUCACUGUGUGUUACCUUCGUAUGGAGAAGAAGAAGCACUGAGGCUUUUGUGAUACAGGCAAUGGGAUCUUUGCAUUGUUGAUUUCUUUAAGAACUAAUGGCCAAAAAUGGGGUUAGACCAAGCAGAAACCUGGAUCCUGACUGUGCAGACUUAACUGGCCUGCACCAUAAAUGUUUGCAAAUCAUUACACUGCAGGUUCAAGAUGGCAGAUCACGGCACUGAAGCAUAUCAAAACAGUCAAAGAGGAGACAAGAUUAUGCUGAUCCAUGCUCAAGUAAAGACCACAAAGCAAAUCUGACUUCUAAUGCGCUCACACACACACACACACACACACAUUCACAUACUCACAUGGACACAUAACACACAUUAGUCCUUAGUCACCCAGUGAGCGCACACCAGCCACGGUAAACAAGUCGAACAGAUGUGACACUAAAUGGCCAUCAUUAAUCUGCUAUUCUUUCAAAUUCUAUUGUGUGGUGGUGAUGUUUUUUCCUUUUUUGUGUGUAAAGACUUUUGGUGAUGGAACUUUUCAGGGACAAAAACACAUUUGCUCUGAUAAUGAUGAAUACACCUCCACUUAGGCAAUGCUAAUGAUGCAAAAGACGGAUGUGUUUUAAAUAUUUUGACCUUAUAUUUUUAAUGGCUGUGAUUUAACCCACCCUUUACAGUUUAAAAAGUUAAAGGAGUGUGCCUUGCUUUCCAAAAUGGGUAAUGCUGUCAGACUGUCGUACCAGCGACUGUAUUGUGGCCAAUGACAUGGCAUAGUAGUGUAUUAUAUCCGUUGGUUUCUACAAAUGAAUCUCAUGAGAUAACCGAACAAAGUACUGUAUACAGUGUAUUCAACAUUCAAAUAUCCACAUACAUGCUCACCUUUUUAUUUUUUAUUGUUUUGGGGGAGAUUAUCAAAGUUGGUCAGGACUUCUUGUGCAAUAUGCUUUAUAACUGUCAAUAAAUCUGAGAACAUUU